AUGUCUGCUCUGGUCGCCAAGGAGCCAAACCAACACGGAACUGCUCUCUCUCUAAAUUUCGGCGUCUCGAUCAAGCUCGUCGUCGCCGUCGUCGUCGUCGUCUGCGGCAUUUUCGCGUACAUCAACCACUUGGUGGAGAAGGACCGCAAGCAGGUCAUUGAUGUCCUGGUCAAUGGUCUCGCUCGUCUCGAAUACAGAGGUUACGACUCUGCUGGUAUCGCAAUCGACGGUGACACUGAGAAGGACACCUUGAUCUUCAAGCAGGUCGGCAAGGUCGCUGCUCUGCGCAAGCACAUCGAUGAGUCGCCCAUCGACCUCCACAAGGUUUCCAUCUCUCAGAUGGGUAUGGCUCACACUCGAUGGGCAACUCACGGUCAGCCAAGCCCCUUGAACUGCCACCCUCACCGAUCCGACCCCACCAACGAGUUUACCGUCGUCCACAACGGUAUCAUCACCAACUUUAGAGAAUUGAGGAUGGUUCUCGAGAAGCGAGGCUUCAAGUUCGAGAGCGACACUGACACCGAGUCGGUCGCCAUCCUCUGCAAGUACCUCUACGACUCGGCGCAGGGUCGCAAGCCCGAUUUCACCUCCCUUAUCAAGAGUGUCGUCAAGGAGCUCGAGGGUGCCUUCUCGUUCGUCUUCAAGUCGGUCCACUACCCCGGCGAGGUUGUUGUUGCCCGACGUGGCUCGCCGCUUCUGAUCGGUGUCAAGACCGAAAAGAAGCUCAAGGUCGACUUUGUCGAUGUCGAGCUCGGUGGUGCUGUCGACGAGACUAGUUUCGGCGAUGCCGGCCUCCUCGCCCCUCCUGGAGGCGACCCGUCAGGCCCAGGCUCGCUCUCGGUGCCCAACGCCAACAACAAGCUCCUCCGCUCCCAGUCUCGCGCGUUCCUGUCCGAGGACGGCCUUCCCCAGCCCAUCGAAUACUUUAUCGCUUCUGACGCUUCCGCCGUGGUCGAGCACACCAAGCGCGUGCUUUACCUCGAGGACGACGAUGUGGCCCACAUCUCCGAGGGAGAGCUCCACAUCCACCGCCUGCGAAGGAACGACGGCCUCAGCUCCAUGCGCUCCAUCGAGACCCUCGAGAUGGAACUCGCCGAGAUCAUGAAGGGCUCCUUCGACCACUUCAUGCAGAAGGAAAUUUACGAGCAGCCCGACUCGGUCGUCAACACGAUGCGAGGUCGUGUCGACUUUGACAAGCGACGAGUCACGCUCGGCGGUCUCACCGCAUUCCUCAACACCAUUCGCCGAUGCCGCAGAAUCGUCAUGACUGCCUGUGGUACCUCUUACCACUCGUGCUUGGCCACCCGUGCCAUCUUCGAGGAAUUGACCGAGAUUCCCGUCUCUGUCGAGCUCGCCUCUGACUUCUUGGACCGCAAGACGCCCAUCUUCCGUGACGACGUCUGCGUCUUUGUAUCACAGUCGGGAGAGACAGCUGACACCAUCCUUGCCCUCCGCUACUGCUUGGAGCGCGGCGCCCUCUGCCUCGGUGUUGUCAACACGGUCGGCUCCACCAUGUCGCGCGAGACCCACUGCGGUAUCCACAUUAACGCCGGUCCUGAGAUCGGUGUCGCCUCCACCAAGGCGUACACCUCGCAGUACAUUGCCCUCAUCAUGAUGGCUGUCCAGCUUUGCGAGGACCGCAUCUCGAUGACCGAGCGAAGAAACGCCAUCAUUGACGGCCUCCACGCCCUUCCGGAUCAGAUCAAGAGGAUCCUUGCCCAGGACAAGGCGCUUCAGUCGCUCGCCCACAACACGCUUGCCAAGGAGCGUUCCUUGCUCAUCAUGGGUCGUGGUUACCAGCACGCCACCUGUCUCGAGGGUGCUCUCAAGAUCAAGGAAGUCUGCUACAUGCACUCGGAAGGUAUCCUUGCCGGUGAGCUCAAGCACGGUCCUCUUGCCCUCAUCGACGAGUCGAUGCCCGUCAUCCUCAUCAUGACCAAGGAUUCGCUCUACCCCAAGGUUCAGACCGCCCUCAUGCAGGUCACAGCACGAAAGGGUCAACCGAUCGUCAUCUGCAACGAAGACGACCAGGACAUCAAGGAAGGCACGAAGACCAUCCGUGUGCCGCGCACCGUCGACUGCCUCCAGGGUCUCUUGACCGUCAUCCCUCUGCAACUCUUGUCCUACCACCUUGCCACAGCGGCGGGCGUCGAUGUCGACUUCCCACGCAACCUCGCAAAGUCGGUCACUGUCGAGUAA